AUGUCGGGUCAACAUGUAUUACGUGUCUUAAAUUUCCGUUCCUUGCUUGAACAUUGUCUGGUUGAAAAGUUUACAGAUGCCACUCUUUCCCAGAGAGAUUUCUACAGCGAUGUCCAAAUUUGGGCAAAUUUAGAUGCUGCAUUAACAUUUUGGAAACAAUGGCUUGUUGACGAAAAAUAUACUUGUACAUAUCAAUUGCAUAAACAACAACUUGCACGUAAAAAAUUAGAAGAUGAAUACAUUCGACUUACAGCACCUGAUCACAGUCUGGGUAAAUACAAUAUCUCGACCAAAAAUUUUGAACGAUCGCACCUCGCUCAACUCAGCUCAAAAUGGGGUUAUUUAUUUGUGCGUGCGUCUCGACUUUCUUGGACACGUAAAUGGUUUUUCAUCCAUAGCGGCUAUUUCGGUUCAUGUCAAGUAGAAACUACAUCCAAGCGCCGUGGUUCCAUCUCGAUUGAGAGCAGAGUAUCCGUAUUGGAUUGUGAACUUGUGACGCUGGUCGAUACAGACCGAAGAUUCUGUUUUGAAAUCUCCGUGCCUAAAUUACAAACAUCCUAUGUAUUACAAGCGGAAACAGAAGACAAUCUACAGGAAUGGAUCAGAAUAUUUUCGAAAAACAAGAGCGAUUAUUCAUUUGGCUCCGGUCCUAAAAGAUCGCCCAGUUUACGGAUCAAAUCCAAAGCAAAUCCAACCACAGGUCUUUCAUCGCCUACAGCUACAACCACAACCGAAAUUGAAGGUCCUUCCAUCGUCAUGGUUUCUACCACGCCCGAUACAGAAAUCUCUCUCGAUACCACUUCUUCUUUAACCCCACUUUUAGUUUGGGAGGCAGCACGUGCGGGUCUUUCCGCCGCCAAAAAAAUGCCCUUGAUUUCUUGGGGUAUCCCUUGGUCACUUGUUCCCACCAUGAUCAAUCUGACACAAGAUGCAUCUCAAACACAUGAAAAGUCUGCCACCACACCGCCUACUUUUCCACGCGUCAUUUGGCCUCCAAGCCCUGCAUGGGUGGAUAUUCCCAAAGUCCAAAUGCCUGGUUAUACCGAUAAGUUGAAUUCACAAAACAGAGAGUUACGUCGUUUAUUCACUGGUGUCAAAACAGAGGAAGUUGUCUUGGAUGUAUUUGUGGGAUGUCUUCGUAAAAUGCCUACGGGGUCGGAAGCGCCCAAUAUGAAGGAAAUAGAGUUAUCCAAAUCCUCACUUCAUUCACCGGACGCUGAACUGUAUGAAGUAGAAUUAGUCAAGCAGUUGAAACAGACAGGGUUAACACCACCUACACGACAUGGGUACGCUUACUCAGGACGAGGAUUUAUUACACAAGACACGUUCUGGUUUUAUAGUUGUGUAUUAAUGACGUGUAUCAACACCGUGGCGAUCCGUUUAAAAGAUAUUGAGGAAAUUAGAGUGAUGAAGGAUACUUCAUUAAAACCUGCGAAUCACGAAUCAUUUCCUGCGAAUUCCGAUCUUGUGCUUUCGAUCUCUUUAGUAUCUAGUACUGAAAAUGAUAUUCAAGAACCUAUUAUCAUAGGUACCAUUAUGGAUGAUAUUGAUAUGGUUGCAGAGAAAUUGCGAGUUGCUGUGAUGGAUGCCAAAAACAACGAGUCAAUGUCAUUGAGUACCUUGUAUGGAAAGAUGGUGAACCUCUCUUCAAAUUUGUCUUCGCAUAAAAGUGUGGUUUUGGAUAUACCGCUUACAUUUAAUAGCGCACUUCAACCAGUUGCAGCUUCUGCUAAACCAGAAAAUAUCUACCCUAACAGACCUCAUGCCAACACCGUUGGAAGUCAAGAUAAAGCAAAUACCAGUGGUAUUCUCAGAACAAAUCGUCAGCGUGGAGAUUCUGAACCCAUAAAGUCUACUGUCAUUGUUGAACAAAAGAAAAGGGCCGUGAUCGAACCUCCUGUAGAUCCCGAUACACCUCCUUCGCAUAUUCACGUUCCCCAGGGCCCAGUUGAAUGUAAUUGUGAUGAUCAUUUGGAAAAGAUGGACGCUCAGAUUACACUACCAAUUUCUGCUAAGCGUUGCUAUGAAUUGUUAUUCUCAAACGAACAAACUGCUCCCCCUACAAAUGGUGGUGUAUGGGAACAGAAAACCGCUGCUAUUGAUGGACACGACUUAACUGUGACAAAAUGGGAGAUGUUGGACGGCCAAAUGCAACGUACCUUAAAAUAUUGGAUGCCUGUUUCUAAUCCUAUCGUGCGUAUGAAGGAAGCUGAAGUUGUAGAAACUCAAAUCUUGAUCAACAAAGAAGACUACAUUCGUUACACUGUUCAAAUCUCUACCAAGACAGCUGCAUUACCUUAUGCCGAUGCAUUUAUUCCUUGUGUUCGAUACUGUAUCACUUGGGUCAAUAAAUCUGAAUGUCAGUUAACUUGUUACCUUGGUGUAAAAUGGGUCAAAAGUGUAUUUGUGCGAGCCAUUGUUACGAGAGCUGCUUUGAAGGGUAUGGCGGAUAGUGUCGGUGUAUUUAUUCCCAUUUUAAAAUCGUCCGCCGAUACGACCAAAGCAACUUUGAACAGCGCAAGACGAAAAGCUUUGCAUCAAUACGAAAAUUUGACAGAUGAUACGAAAUCGCAUAAAUCAUUUGCUACGUUGGAAGACGCAACAGAUCAUUUGCAAUAUAAUAUGACGUCAACCGGAAAGCCUUUACAAAAUCAUGCAUUCGGUGCCCGUUUAAAUAAGUCAUUGUCCAGAUCUGUCUAUUUACGUGAUCUUGAUGAGGGAUUUUUGAAAAACUCCAUCUUACCACCUUAUUCUCAAUCCCAAAGUUACACCUUGUUUUUGAAAUCUAAACAAGACGAAACCAACGGAGUGGAACAAGUAAAUGAUAUAAUGAAUCGAGACUGGUAUCAUGUUGAACAUUAUAGAUUAGCCAUUGAUUUAGAUAUCAGCCGAGAAAGAAUUGCCAUGUUAAGACACGAUAUGUUGAUCAUUUUUCAAGUGUUAAACAAGGUGGAUUCUCAAUUAGUCGAGAAUGAAUACAUGAACUGGUUAUUAGAUACGAGAUUGAAAUGUAAAUAUAACCCUCCUCUCGACUCUGAUGACCCUCGUGCCGAAAAAUCUAUCUCUUUGUGUCAUGAUAUCAGAAAACAAUUAGAUAGGUUGUUUUAA